AUGACGCGCGCGCCGCCGCUCGCCGCCCUCGUCGCGCUCCUCCUCCUCGCGGUGCACCGGUGCGACGGCGCGAUCCACCCGUACCGCGCCGCCAGGUUCACCCCAACCGACGGCGCGCACGUCCUCCGCGCGGGUCGCGAGGGCCUGUACGCCUCGGCGUACGUGCGCUUCGAGGACGUGGAGUUCCGGCGGUCGCGGUCGCACGCGUCGCGGUUCACCGGCGCCGACAGCGAGGGCAAGGACACUGGCGCGGUCCACGCCGUGCUCUUCGAGCUCAAGGAUCACUUUCGGAUAGGGUGGACCGACCCGCGCGCGGGCACGCGCCACCUCUGCUGCGAUUCCCCCGACCUCGUCGCCGACACCGGGUGCGUCAUGAACGACGUCCUCAUCGCCCCGCCGGACGACGGCAGGGAACCAGAGCCCGGGUGGCCGUGGGUCCGCCGCGUCGAGUUUGUCGGCGAUCACGCCGUGCGCUCAAUGAGCGCCGAGCAAGUCACCGUCACGCGCGACGGCAUGUACUACCUAUGGUUCGUGACGUGCGACGCGUCGUUGGGUGAGUCACUCACCGUCACCGGUCGCACGACGUGGCGCAACCCGCACGGCUACCUCCCGGGCAUGAUGCGUCACACGCGUCCCUUCUUCGGGACGCUGGCGCUGGCGUACGGGGGACUCGUUUUUUGGUGGACAGCGAAGGUUGCCAAAGUACACGUCAAACGCCCCGACGUCGUCACGCAGCUGCACCACUGCGUCACCGCGGUCGUCGCCGCGUCCUUCACCGAGGCGUUCCUGUGGUACGCCGACUACGAGUACUUCAACGCGGUGGGCGUAAGGCCCGUCGCGCUCACCUUACUCGCCGUAUUUUUCUCCGCGGCGAGAGAGAGCGCAUCGCGAACGCUCGUGUUGGUCGUCUCCACCGGAUACGGCGUGGUGCGUCCGACGCUGGGUGGGCUGAGCACGAAAGUGGUGGGGCUUGGUACCGCGUACUUUGUCGCCGCGGUGGCGCUGGACGUGGCGACGCACGUGGGAAACGUGGACGACUUAACGCAGACCACGCGGGUGCUCCUCGUCGUCCCGGUUGCGCUGAUGGACGCGACGUACAUCCUCUGGAUAUUUUCGUCGCUGUCGCGGACGCUGACGCAGCUCCGCGCGCGACGACAGCUGGCGAAGCUGGCGCUGUACGCGCGGUUCACCAACGUCCUCGCCGUCUCCGUCGUGGGCAGCGUGAUGUGGAUUUUAUACGAGACGUGGUUUCGCGCCACCGACGCUUUGAACCAAAAGUGGCAGGUGGACUGGGUCGUCGGCGCGUUUUGGCACGUCCUGUCGUUUCUCCUCCUCGGCGCGAUUUGCGUGCUGUGGGCGCCGAGCGACGACGCGGCGACGCAGUUCGCGUACGGCGAGGUAUCGGGGAAGGACGACGCGACCGGGGCGAUGUUCGACGGCUUCGAGGGGUGGGAUUUCGGGGACGGAGACGCGAGUGGCGGCGGGUACUCGGAUGAGGAGGAUGGACGCGAACGGGAGAUGCGAAAGGUUCCGGCCGGGCACAUGGGAGGGGGUAAGGGCAUGGGCGUGGGUCAGACCCCGCUGAAGGGCGGCGACGUGUUCCUGAUGGACUCGGACGACGAGCGGGAGGCGCGGCUGGCGAGGGAUAAGAUGCGAUGA